UUCGAAUGUUUGUUAUUAUUUAAAAAUUAUUUGUUUAUAAAAUUUAAAUAUGUACAAAAGACGACAUCCAGAUCAUUCAGUAGACGCCAGUAUAAGAGGCUACGCCGCUUUUAAUCAACACGUUUCCCUAUUCGAAUUCGGCGAAGUUAUUGUAGACAAAAAUUUCAAAAAUACCGAUCAAGUACGAUUAGUUUCAGGCGGUACUUCUAGUUUUAUAGAGUACGUUGGUGCUGGCAUGCUUACAGCUUCAAUACAAGGCAAACCAAAUGACUAUCCAACCCCGAGCAUGAUUCUACGCGUUCUAAGAGAAUUAAGUGUCAACCAUGUAAAAGGAGUUUUAGUUAUUGUACCAACAAGCUCUAGUAACUUAUUAAAUUUUGGGCUUGCAAUUGAAAGGGCUGACAAUGAUGAUUUAAGGGUAGCUUUACUAACAGUGUCAGAUGAUUGUAAAAACCAUGAAAAAGCCAGAUUCGAACACAGAGGACUAACAGGGGUUGUUCUAGUAAAUAAAAUCGCUGGUGCCCUUAUUAUAGCAGAUAAAACAAUAACUGAAAUUUAUAAUUACUGUAAUAAUGCAAUUAACAACAUCCUAUCUGCUGGAGUUAGUUUUCAAAAAUCUUUGCCACAUACACGAGAGUGUCUCUAUUGUACUAAAUGUGAAACAGAUGAUAUUGGAUCAGGACAAACAUGCAUCGAAGAUGUUUUGAAAAGUACUUUUAUUAAUUUGUUAGAGCAAUUGACUACAAGCCAAAGAUUCAGUUUGCAAGGAGGAGACAACAUUGUCGUUCUAGUUAACAAUAUUGGGGCUUUUGAUCGGACAAAGCAGUUUAUAAUUGUUAAAUAUUGUACGGAUUAUUUCAAAAGGUUUGAUGUUAAAAUUGCUAGGUUUUAUAUUGGGAGUUAUUUGCAAUUGGAUAAUGAUAUGGAUUUAAUGGUUACUUUGCUCAAGGUUUUCGAUGGCCAGGUUUUGGAGCUGUUGGAUAAACCUUGUAACACAACAGGUUGGAAGUCAAAUUUUCAAGUGGAACCCUUAAACACCGACAAUAACCUAAUGUUGGGAAGAUUACGAAAAAAAUGCAGGCUAUCACCCCCUAUUAAAGGCCCAAAACUGACCGAGAAAGCGGCAAACAUAAUGCAAUUAUGCCUCCAAUUCGCUUGCGACGCUCUAAUCUCCUGCGAAAAAAUGCUAAACAAAAUGGACAGUGAAAACAUCAAAGGAGGUGAUGGAGACACUGGCACCCGUCUACGAAUAAUGGCCAACAUUUUAAACAAACGCAGCUGCGAUAAAAAGCUAAACUUCACCUAUCCCUUUACAUUUUUCCUCAGCCUAAGUAAAAUCCUUGAAAACUCAGUCGGAGGCACAAUGGGCUGUCUUUAUUCAAUAAUGUUUGAAGCUACAGCCAACACAUUUGGAGGAUAUCCAGACGAUGAACAAGUAGACUCAGAAAUGUGGAUUCAAGCUAUGGAAAAUGCUUGCAGCGCGGUGAGACGAUAUGGAAACGUAGAACUAGGAGAUAGAACUUUAUAUGACCCUUUGGAAGCUUGCUCUAGUUACCUGAGACAAAAUAUAGGAAAAUCAUUUAUUAUUUUGUUUGAAAACGGGGUUGGAAAAGCCGAAGAAGCUGCCACUGCUUCUAAACAACCCGGUUGUAAAUAUCCAAACGCUGGAGCUCACGCAGUAGGCAUUUGGCUAAGGGCUGUAUGCGAAGCAGCAAAAUUAAGACUUUACCACGAUAGUAUUUAUUAAUUUACAAUAAAAUUUUAUUCCUUGCCAAAAACUUGUUAAACUCCUUUGUAGACGUUUCAAUGAGGCUAAUUAGUUUUUGGCCAGCAGGUGAGUUUUUUUCGUUUUUCAACGCCUGGGCGGCUUCUUUGAGGGCCGUUUGGCAUUCUUGGAACAUCAGAUUUAUUGAUUUUACUUUGGUUUUGAUGCCCAAGUCCCAUUUACGUUUGAUGAGAAUCUGGUUGGCCAGGUAGAGUUCGUGGAAGAGGACUCCGGUGUAAAGAGGCAAC